AUGGCCUGUGUAGGGGAGCCCAGUCCCCCUAAACUGGAGGGAAAGCUGCAGACCACGGGCAACGCCCUCAAGGUCAACUGGAUCAAGCAGGACGAUGGGGGCUCGCCCAUCAAACACUACCUGAUCAGAUACAGGGCUGUGAGUAUGACGGGGCAAGGAGGUGUAACACCGUAUAUACUGAUUUGCUUCCUGGUUUCCCCCCAAGAGACACUAUUAAGUGUUGGUUACAUAUCUUAUGUAUUGGUUACAUAUCUCCCCGGUUUUAUCGUACUGUAAUUAUUUCAGUUUAGCAAAAAGCACAUAGACUUACGGAUAUGUGAAAAACAGAGAAAUGGAUCACAUGAUUUGUAAAGAUUAAUGACAGAUCACCAUUGUGUUUUAUGCCUAGAUUGAUAAAUGGUUAGUGAUUCACGUAGGAAGAUGAAUGGAUGACCAAAUAACAAGUGUGAAUGCAUGGAAAUAUUUACAGUGAUAUAAAGUGAUGUGCAGUUUGCUGGAGUGCCAUAGCCACGGAUGUCUUUCCGAGUCAUGUCUUUUGAGUGUCUCUCUUUUUGCGACCCAACCUAGAAGCACGUUCCGGACUGGAAGCCGGAGAUCCGCCUGCCCCACGGCAGUGAGUACGUGGUGCUGAGCAGCCUAGACUGGAACACAGAGUAUGAAGUCUACGUGGUGGCUGAGAACCAGCAGGGCAAGUCCCAGCCCGGCACCCUCUCCUUCAGAACCGCAGCAGAGCCCACCGCCAUCCCA